CUUUGUCCCGCUGUAAAGCUUGGACGGCUGCUCUGCAAAGAGCGCGUGCCAACCUCUCAGCCAUCUCUGACGCACUUAGCACGACUCGUAUAAAUGAAUUCACCUCGUCACUGGGCGCCAAUCGAAGCUCGAGCGUGCGGCAUUUCCUGAGCCCGGAGCCCGCCAUGCGUCUUCAGAGCAGCGAGGUGACCGGCGCAAGGGACUGUUUCUGAGUGACCGCUCUCACCAUGGAGGGAUACAACAACACCACAGUUAGCCAAGAAUGGGGCGGGAACGAGACGACAGUUAGCGAAGUUGCGUUGAGUUACCAAAUAGUCUGCUCGCUUUUCCUGGCCGCGUUAAUUCUGUUUGCCAUAUUAGGAAACGCGUGUGUAGUCGCUGCCAUCGCCUUGGAGAGAUCGCUUCAGAAUGUGGCCAACUAUCUCAUCGGCUCCCUGGCCGUCACAGACCUCAUGGUGUCGGUUCUAGUGCUACCCAUGGCAGCCCUGUAUCAGGUUCUGAACAAAUGGACUUUGGGACAGGAGAUGUGCGAUAUAUUCAUCUCGCUAGACGUGUUGUGCUGCACCUCUUCUAUCCUGCAUCUGUGCGCAAUCGCUUUGGAUAGAUACUGGGCCAUCACUGAUCCCAUAGACUAUGUUAAUAAAAGGACCCCCAGACGAGCGGCUAUCUUGAUCAGCCUCACUUGGCUAAUAGGAUUUUCAAUUUCCAUUCCUCCCAUGCUGGGCUGGAGGAAACCAAAGGACCGGGCAGAUCCCGACGCGUGCACAAUCAGCCAAGACCACGGGUACACCAUCUACUCAACUUUUGGAGCUUUCUACAUCCCCCUCAUUCUCAUGCUGGUCCUCUACGGGCGGAUAUUCCGAGCGGCGAGGUUUCGCAUUAGGAAAACUGUGAAGAAAACCGAGAAGGGCAAAAUCGCGGACAAAUGCCUGUCGGUGUCUCCGGCGCUGUUCUCGAGGAAGGCGAACGGAGAGGUGAGCAGAACUUGGAGGCGAAGCGUGGAGCCACAGCCGGGCUCGUGCGUAAACGGAGCGCUGAAACACUCAGACGACGGAGAGUCGUUCGAGAUCACAGAAAUUCAAAUCGUCUCCAGAAACCACCUGAGCCUGCCUAACAACCCUCAGCCGUGCUUCGAGAACAGAAACGAGAAAAACACGGAAGCGAGGCGCAAAGUGGCCCUUGCCAGAGAGCGCAAAGCGGUCAAGACUCUGGGAAUCAUUAUGGGCACGUUCAUUUUCUGCUGGCUGCCCUUCUUCAUCGUGGCGCUUGUUUCGCCUUUCUGUCAACACUGUUUCAUGCCUGAGUGGUUGAGGGCAGUCAUUAACUGGCUCGGAUACUCCAACUCACUUUUGAAUCCCAUCAUAUACGCUUACUUUAACAAAGACUUCCAGAACGCAUUUAAGAAGAUCUUGAAAUGCAAAUGUAUUAGACAGUGAACGAUGCUGUUAAACGGAUGCUAAUAUGCACAUAUUGAUUGUUAAAGAACUGCCCUAAAGGCAUUCAAGCGAAUGGACGCAGGGCGGGACAGUACAGCACAAGAAGAGGUAGAGCUCUGUCCCUGUGUAUUUGUUUAUCUGUGAAGUUUAUCUGCUUCCACAAAACAAUGUGCAUUUACCACUGGAUGGAUUCAGAUUAGACCAGGACUCUCAGACCAGCUGUGCAUUCAAUAAUUAAGCCCUUAAACAAACAAACAAACAAACAACAACUACAAAAUAAUAAUAAUUAAUAAAUAAAUUAUUUAUUUUACUGUAUAUUCUCCGAGCAGGGAGCUGUUGGUGGGACUGUAAGCACACAGAGAUGUCAAGAUCCAGCAGGUCAUUUAUGUAGAAAAAAAAAUGUAAUGUGAAACCAUUUCUCAUUUCUAUUUAUUUUCAGCAGUUUUCUUAAAGGACAUGGACUGACUGGAAAUACCUUGAAAUAAAAACAAAUCUAGAUCACAAAAAUGGACUGUAUUUUGAAUCAUUGUAGUUGGGGUGGGAGAGGGAUCUUUAAUAAGGUUGGGGAAAAAAAGAUCAAAGGGAAAUUAAUGUGGUUAUCAAUAUA